AGUCGAUUCCGAAGGUUAACCUAACCUAACAUUCUCAUUGAAGAUGACUUCAAUUAUCGUGAUUAAAAAUCCGCGUUGUAUUUUCGUAAUAAAUGAUAAUUAUUUUAAUUCUCAUUUUUGAAUGAGGAAAUUUGAUACGAUGAUGAUAUCUUCGAUGUUCAUUUGAUUUUCCGAGAAGAUGCAAGAUAGGUCUCUGCCUCACAAGACUUUAUGUUUGUCGGUUUUUGGCGUUUGUUGCCUUAUUCUAACCAUAUUCUAUUAUGACAAUACCAUUAUGAAUUAUGCAGUACCAUACGAAACUGAAGAAUUAACUUUUUAUGAAGUUAAAAAUUUUUCUUUUAUCGACAACAGUACAGUUUCUGCCACAACAAUAAGAAGUACUUCAUUUUCGGUAACGAAAUCCAGUAAAAGUAGUACCACUAAUAUUAAUACUAAAGCUAAUAUAAGUAAAAACGUGUUACAAAGUACUACUAGAUUUUCGUUACCUCACGAAGAUGUCGAAUAUUUAGUUUCGAGUUCGAAAUGUAAAAUACCGAAUUAUAAACCGUUUAAUCCAGACGCUAAACGAUAUUAUAAGAAAGAAAAAUAUAAACCGUGUCGUUCUAAAAGACUCCUUACUUUUGUAACGGUUACAGAUAACGUAGCGACACUUUAUAUCGAUACGAAAGCCGCGCCGUCCUAUACCAAUAACGGAGUCACGUGUUGCUACUCAAAUAUUACGAGAGUGAAUUAUUCCAAGGAUCCGGACAGUAAAAUAAAAUUAUCGACUUGUAUGUAUUUCGAGAACGCCACUACUAUAUCCAAGGAUCCAGUAUACGUGAAAUGUUUGGAUAUUAAAUCCAGACGACAAAUUUUCGAAAACGUCCACGUCGCCAUAUUAAUAGACGAGAAAAUUCGAAGGAAAAUCGACAAUACAACAAAUCCGUUCAGCGUCCUUUUCAUAGGCAUCGACAGUAUAUCGAGAUUAAAUUUUAUAAGAAGCUUACCGAAAACUCACAACUUUGUCGAAUCAAACAAUUGGAUAUCCUUGAAAGGAUACAACAAAAUUGACGAUAAUACCUUCCCGAAUCUAAUGGCGAUUCUAACGGGAUUAAACAAUAGUCGUAGUUACGAUAUAUGUAAUCCGAAAAUAGUCGGAAAAUUGGAUAAAUGUCCGAUGAUUUGGUACGAUUUUCGAAAGUUAGGUUAUGUCACCGCUUACGCCGAAGAUUCCGGUUCCAUCAACACGUUCAAUUACAGAAAAAAAGGUUUCGCCGCGCAACCCGUCGAUUAUUAUUUCAGACCGUACGUAUUAGGUACCGAACGACUGUCUAAAACAUCGAAGGACGGUAUCGUAUAUUGCACGGGACCGGAAACGGCAGGCGAAAGAAUAAUGAAUUUAGCCAAAGAUUUUUCUACAACAUUCAAAAAUUACACGAAUUUCGGAUUCUUCUGGAUGAAUUCGUUCAGUCACAACGACGUAAAUACCCCUUCGCUUAUGGACGAUAAACUGGUCGAAUUUUUAAAAAUUCUAACCGAACGAGGCGUUACAAAUAACAGCAUAAUUAUUUUCCUCAGUGAUCACGGUAUGCGUUUCGGCGAUAUAAGAUUAACAGACACCGGUUGGUUAGAAGAAAGAUUACCUUUUAUAUACGUAUCGUUUCCCGAUUGGUUCAAAAAUAAUUUUAAAAAAGAAUACGAAAAUUUCAUCGACAAUACCGAUAAAUUAACAACGCCGUACGACCUUCACGUGACUUUAAAACAUUUAUUGUUAUUGUACGAUCGUAAUUAUAAAACUAAAAAUUCGAGCGAAGCUUGUCCGAAAUGUAAAUCGUUAUUCCGAGCGAUAGAUUCCGAAAGAUCUUGUUCGGACGCCGGAAUCGAUCAGCACUGGUGCACGUGCGCCGGUUAUAAAAAGAGAAACAUCGGUGGGAGUGUCAGUACGAAGUUGGGGGCGUUCCUAUUGAACGUUAUACACGAUAUAAUACGAUCGAGAACGAGCGAUCGCCGAUGCGUCAAAUAUUCCGUCGAGAAAAUUUUAGAUACGAGAAUAUCGGAACGUUUCACUUGGAAAAACGAUUCUUAUAUAUUAUUUCAGAUUAGGACGAGACCUAAAGCGAUUUUCGAAACUACUAUUAGAUAUUUCGGUGAUAUAAAUACUUCUAAUUAUUCGAUUUCAGGUGAUAUUAGUAGAUUAGAUUCUUACAGCGAACAUAGUAAAUGUGUAAGUGACGCGUAUCUUAAGAAGUAUUGUUAUUGUUCUUCCAACGGCGAGAAAGUGUAAGACGAGUGAGUGCCUUAAAUUACGUUUUUUCCAAAUUUCCAAAUUUAUAAAGGGCGAUCAUUUGUAAAUUCCAUUUAAAUUUGACGUACUUAAAAUUUAAAAGUUUAUAUUUUGUUCAAUUUAUUGGAUAUCGCGAAGAAUUACCCCAUAUAUAUUAUAUACGAGGCGUGUUCAUUAAAUUGUAUUAAGAUAUUAUGAGAUUUUAUCAAUUAUUUUCUCUCAAUGUCAUAUAUACGUGUAAAACUACGACCCUUUAAGACAUUUUUUAUAUUUGGAAACACGAAAAAGUCACUCGGAACCAAAAACUUCAAAUUUUAUAAAAAAAAAAUUAUUUUUUGAACGUACCUCGUAUAGUUAGUGCCAAUAAUUAUGAGAUGAGAAUUAUAUCAAUAAAACAACGCCAACGUAAACGAAAGUGUCAAAUUUUUGAAUAGAAUUUAAAAUAAGUCAAAAAAGUAUAAAUAUAUUGUGUUGACCUUGAAGGUUAACCAUAUUAACUUUCUCACAAAAACCAUAUCAUUUCAUAAUAAAAAAACGAUUUAUUUAAUAAAUAUUACGUAUUUAUACAUAUAUAAAUAAAAUCAAAUAAUUAUUAGAA